UCUCGAAGAUUGGAUUGAUUCUUGCAAUAUCAGUUUUAUACCACUGUUCUGUGACAGCUGGUUUCAACAUUCCAACUCCUGCUCUAAGUUUGAUAUCUGGUGGUGGGUUACAAAUUUCAAUUCCAGAUGUGCCUGGUAUGAGCAUGUGUGCUGUCCACUACAGCAUCAAUAAACCUUUAACUGGAGUUGGAGCAGGAGAUUUCAACUUUGAUAUCACAACAAAAACAGGGGGUGCAUGGGUACAUCAGAAUCGAUUUGCAUCUGUUUCAUCCAAGGAUAUUGUGUAUUACUGGAUUUAUAGCAUAAAGGAUGGUGCUGGUUAUCAGGUGGUGGACUUGAAAUGGCAUCCCACAAUCGCUGCCACGGUACCCACACCAACGGUAGGAAGUAGCUCCUCCAGUAGCAGCAGUGGCUCCGCCAGUAGUAGCAGUAGUAGUGGAUCCAGCAGUAGUGGCAGUAGCAGUAGUGGCAGCAGCAGUAGUGGCAGCAGCAGUAGUGGAUCGAUUAGCAGCAGCAGUGGAUCGAGUUCCAGUGUUAGCAGCAGUGGUGCCAGUGAUAUCAUUGCCCGUAACUGCACCACGUACCCCUGCCUGAUAUUUGCCGACGAGUUCGACACACUGAAUCUGGACAUCUGGGAACAUGAAAUUACCAUGGGUGGUGGAGGUAAUUGGGAAUUCCAAUACUACACAAACAACAGGAGUAACAGUUAUGUCAGAGAUGGGAAUCUCUACCUGAAACCAACACUGACUUCAGACAAAAUUGGAGAGGGCACCUUGAGAUCAGGGACACUCGAUCUUUGGGGUGCAGCUCCUCCCAAUUUGUGCACUGGCAACGCCUUCUACGGCUGUAUGCGAUCAGCCGGAGGUGGAAACAUCCUCAACCCCAUCCAGUCUGCGAGGAUAAGGAGCAUAGGGUCAUUCAGUUUUAGAUAUGGCAAGGUUGAGAUAGAAGCGAAGAUGCCUACCGGAGAUUGGAUUUGGCCAGCAAUUUGGUUGUUGCCCAAAAGAGAAGUUUAUGGGAAGUGGCCAGCAUCUGGUGAAAUAGAUAUGGUGGAGGCUAGAGGUAAUGGAAACCUGAAAGAUUCGAAUGGGAAAUCAGUUGGCGCAGACCAAGUAGGCAGUACGAUGCACUGGGGGCCGUACUGGCCGCAGAAUGCCUGGCCAAGGACCCACGCCUCAAAGAACCUCAAUGCUGGCACUUAUGGAUCAGGCUUCCACAAGUAUGGAUUGGAGUGGGAUGAAACUGACAUCAGAUUCUUCCUUGACGGUGAAGAAAUCCUGAAGGUCGACCCAGGGGCAAAUGGAUUUUGGUCUUUUGGAGAAUUCGACACAGGCCUCCCUGGAAAUGACAACCCAUGGCAAGGAGCAUCAAAGAUGGCGCCAUUUGACCAAGAGUUUUACUUCAUCAUGAACGUAGCAGUUGGCGGCACAAACUUCUUCUCUGAUAGUUUUGUCAAUUCUCCCUACCCCAAACCAUGGAGGAAUGAUGCCUCAAAUGCCAUGGGCGAUUUCUGGAAUGCCAAGAAUAGCUGGUACCCUACAUGGAAUGGAGAAGAUGCAGCCAUGCAGGUCAACUAUGUACGGGUUUGGAAAAUGAAGCCUUAGGAAGUAAACCCACCCUGGUCGGUCAACCAGUCUCUCAGCCGAAAGAUGAGUCAACCUGCGGUCUCACGCUUUCGGAGGGGGAGAAAAGCAGCCGCAGUGCGAUCUAGGGACCAAAUGACACUCGGACAGACCCUUGAUUAGGACAUCAUGAAACUGAUUCAGAUUAUUCACCAAUAUUACUGCACUGACCAAAAGUAA